UACAAUUAUAGAUUAUACCCAUGACAGAACCCUUCUCUCUGUCGCUGUUUUCUCAGAAAACUAGCAUCACCAUGAAUAAAGCUCCAAGCCCUUACAAUUCUCCACCGCCGCCGGCGUCGAAAUCCACCAUGCCGAUGCUGUACUACGGCCUGGUGGUGGUCGGAACAGCCGCCGUCGUCCUCGCACUAUACAACCUCAUCAUCUUGAAGUGGUGCUCCGAUCAAGCAGAUGGGCCGCCCCGCCGGGGGAUGAUUCCGGCUCUGGAUUCCUCGUCCGGCCGGAGCUUCGACGGCUCCACCACCGAAUUGGUGAGCAGUUUCAAGUACAAGAAGGAGCAGCAGCAGGAACAAGGCUGCGACAACGAAUGUCCGGUGUGCCUGUCGGCGUUUGAGGACGGCGAGGAGCUCCGGCGGUUGCCGAGCUGCAAGCACUGCUUUCACGCUGAUUGCAUCGACAAGUGGCUAUACGCUCACUUCAACUGCCCGGUGUGCCGGGCGCUGGUGGAGCCGCCAGUGCUCCUGCGGCGGACGGUGGCGGCGGAUCAGGCGGAGAAUUCGCGAGAAGAAUUGCUGGGGGCGGAUGCGGUGUGAGAGGGAUUUGUCGUCGUUUUGUUCAUCUUUUUUAGUUAAAGUGGUUUUGUCGUGUAUAAAAGUGGUGAAGACAUCAUGUAUUUGCACUGUGAAUGAUUCCUCGUGGGAUGGGUGAGCUGUGGACCAAAGGCGCUGAUAACAAGGGGCCGGCAAUCUGUUGAUGCAAUAUGCAAAGCAAACUUGUACUCUACUUCCCAUUAGGGGCGAACCAGUGGUAUUUACAUUUGUCCCCCGCUGGAACCCCUUCGCAUUAACACACUUAAUGACACCCAGCCGUAUCAACCUCCUAAUUUUAUGAUGUUACAAGCUGAUUAUAUUUUGUCAAUGUAUGAACAUCACAAAUGUGACUUUCAUAUAUAUGAGUAUAUAACCAGAUAUGAUUUAA